CGCUGGCCCAGUUCAAUAUAUUAUUUCGCUGUGGAUUGUGGGAGUUGAGGACACUGCCCAAGCUUGUUGUAGCCUACCGGGUGUUGACAGAAGACAUAUCGCUGUUCCCCUUUUCUCAGGGCCUCACACACUGGUAGCAAAACCAUGUCCAGCCGAGGAGGGAAAAAGAAGACCACCAAGACGUCCAGGUCGACUAAGGCCGGAGUCAUCUUCCCCGUGGGACGAAUGCUGCGUUACAUCAAGAAGGGCCUGCCCAAGUACAGGGUCGGUGUGGGCGCCCCAGUCUACAUGGCCGCUGUUCUGGAAUACCUCACUGCUGAAAUCCUGGAGCUGGCGGGCAAUGCAGCCAGGGACAAUAAGAAGGGGCGUGUCACACCACGACACAUCCUUCUAGCCAUCGCCAACGAUGAGGAGCUCAACCAGCUGCUGAAAGGUGUGACCAUCGCAGCGGGCGGAGUCUUACCUAACAUCCACCCUGAGCUGCUGGCUAAGAAGAGGGGGUCAAAGGGCAAGCUGGAGGCUGUCAUCACGCCUCCUCCCGCCAUCAAGAAAUCCAAGAUGUCCGCCACCAAGAAAUCAGCUGCCAAAAAGGCAGCAGCAGGGAAAAGGGCCAAAGCUAAGCAGAAACGGGGAGAGGUGAGCAAAGCUGCCUCGGCAGACAGCACCACAGAAGGAACACCUACGGACGGAUUCACUGUCCUCUCCACCAAGAGUCUCUUCCUGGGUCAGAAGCUAAACCUGGUGCACAGUGAGGUCAGUAACUUGGCUGGCUUUGACGUGGAGGGGGUCAUCAACCCCACCAAUGCAGACAUUGACCUUAAAGAUGAUCUAGGUGGUGCUCUGGAGAAGAAGGGAGGGGAGGAGUUUGUAGAUGCCAUGCUGGAGUUACGGAAGAAGAACGGCCCCCUGGAGGUGGCUGGAGCGGUGCUGUCCUCUGGCUAUGGACUCCCUGCCAAGUUUGUGAUCCACUGCAACAGUCCAGGCUGGGGUUCGGACAAGUGUGAGGAACUGCUGGAGAAGACUGUGAAGAACUGCCUGGCCCUGGCUGACGAGAAGAAGCUCAAGUCUGUGGCCUUCCCUUCGAUUGGCAGUGGAAGGAAUGGCUUCCCGAAGCAGACGGCUGCCCAGCUCAUUUUGAAAGCCAUCUCCAGCUACUUCGUUGCCACCAUGUCCUCUUCCAUCAAGACGGUUUACUUUGUGCUGUUCGACAGCGAGAGCAUAGGGAUAUACGUGCAGGAAAUGGCCAAGCUCGACACAAACUAAGCUACCCCCCCCAUUGCAUUACUACAGGCUUGUUUUGGAUUUUUUUUUUGGAGAGAAAAAUGAAAGAUGUUUACCAGUGAUAAAAAAAAAAAAAACUUUAUUGAGAGGAAAUUAUUUGGAUUAUGUUUUAUUUUAUUUGUUGAGAUAUAUCCUUGAAGUUGUUGUUUGACAUGGAGUUCAGAUGUCACUCUGUCCCUGGUGGCGUCAGACCCGGGUCCCGCUCAGAAGGGCACAAACGUUCUGAAUGUUGUCUUCUCUCUGACAUGAUUCCCCUUUAUUGUACACGACAGAGUCUGUUCUGUUUGUUUCUAUCUGAAUGUUCUGUAAUGUUGCGUCGCACUGAGCAAGGCCCUGUUCGAUCAGGAUGGUGGUACUUAAGUUCCUUGUGCUAAAAAUUGAAGUUCUAUGUGCUAAUGAUUACUUAAGUUCCUUGUGCUAAAACUGAAGUUCUGUGGGCUAAUUAUUACUUAAGUUCUGUGUGCUAAAACUGAAAGGGUUGCAUUCCAAGUGUUUGCAAUACUGUGGUAGAGAUUUGUCUCUAAAUUUGUCUCUUUUUUAAUUGGAACAGAACGUUUUAUGUUCAUGAUGUAUUACCAGUGGUAUACACUAGAUGGAGUGUGUGAAAUGUUUUAGUAAAAUAUUACAGUGACAAGGUUUUCCUUUUUUUAAACGGUUAGUUUUUAUUCUGAUUUUCACUUUGCCAACUCUAAAAGAAACUUAUUUGAAAAGAAAAUAGUUAUUUGUGUUUUUAUUGAGCUAUAAAGCUAUUGACAUAAUAUAGCAUUUUGUUUGAGGAGUUGAAAGAAGUUGUACAGGCUUUUGCUCACAGGCAAUUAGUCCUCUAUGCUCACAGGCAAUUAGUCCCCUCUCGGCUCGCAUGCAAUUAGUCCCCUCUCGGCUCGCAGGCAAUUAGUCCCCUCUCUGCUUACACGCAAUUAGUCCUCUCUCUGCUCACAGGCAAUUAGUCCCCUCUCGGCUCGCAUGCAAUUAGUCCCCGCUCGGCUCGCAGGCAAUUAGUCCCUUCUCUGCUUACACGCAAUUAGUCCCCUCUCGGCUCACAGGCAAUUAGUCCUCUCUAUGCUCACAGGCAAUUAGUCCUCUCUCUGCUCACAUGCAAUUAGUCCUAUCUCGGCUCACAGGCAAUUAGUCCUCUCCCUGCUCACACGCAAUUAGUCCUCUAUUUGCUCACAGGCAAUUAGUCCCCUCUCGGCUCACAUGCAAUUAGUCCCCUCUCUGCUCACAGGCAAUUAGUCCUCUCUUUGCUCACAGGCAAUGAGUCCUCUCUUUGCUCACAGGCAAUGAGUCCUCUCUCUCACCAGUAGAUGGCUCCCUAUCGUCAGGAGUGGGGUCUUUCGCAGAGCCAUUUUGUGCUGGAAAGACCUCUUUUCAUUAAGAUGUCUAAAAUGAAGUGUCUGAUACAAUGAGUGGAUCAGAAUGGAUGCUGCAUUAACUAAUUGCUGUAAAGCACCACUUGCGUUUUGGAAUAUUCAAUAUCUUUCUAAUGAUGACUUGAAGAAAAAUAAAAGCUUUCUUAAUAUUGCAAAACAUGAAAAUA